CACCCAAAGUCAGUUUCCAUUUAUAAGUGAAACAAUACUAAAAAAAGAAAGAAAACAAUCAGAUCAGCUCUCCCAUAUUAUAAUGCAAUUUGUCUGAAUAAUUAAAACAAAAAUUAGUUGCAUUGCACCGCGUCACACAUACUUCAUACAUGGUGCCCAUUGCAGCAAAAAAACUUCAACUGAAGAAACACCCUAGUCAAGUCAACUCUCCCCCAAAUCAAAUUCUUAUCUUGUUUUUCAAUUCCUCAGAUGAUGAUUUUCUUGUAGAAUUCCAACUGGGUUUUCCUCUGCAUCAAUUUUUAUUGCAAUUUCUUGAACUGGGCAGCCGGUUUUUUCUGUGAUUAAUCGACAGUUGGGUGGAAAAAGUUGAAGUUUUUACAGGUUUUUUUCUCUACUCGGCGGUUAGAUUUUUGUUUUUCUUUGUAUGAAUAGAUAUAUUGUUUUAGUGAUUUUGAAGUUGUAUAAGCUGAGACUGUAAUUAUAUGGGAAGUGUAUUGAUUUUGUUGCUGCAAGAAUGAUAAGAUUCAUUGUAGAAGUUUGAAAAUUUGAUUAUGGUUGAAAGAUUGCAAGGUGUUUGAUGAAUUGUCUCUGUGAAGAAUUUGGAAAAAAAAUGGUGUCACGCUGAUUUUUUUUUCUUGGGGGUAGAAAUGUUUCUCUUGGGCACAAAGGUUUGAUUUAACGUGAAAAAAUAGAAUAAGUUUGUUGGAUCAUUGACCAUGGAGAAUGGCGCUGACCUGUCUUCAUCCUUGAGCUUCGCCUCGUCUUCGUAUUUAUCGAAUGGCUCUAGCGGACACGAAAUGCCUUCCACAGCUGGCUUCGAAGUAGGGGCGAAUCUGGAAUUAUUGAGUUUGAGUAGAUUAAGUUCGAGUCUUGAAAAGCUAGUGAUAGGCGGUGCUGAAUAUGACUACAGCGAUGCAGAAAUAGAAGUCGAGGGAAUCGCAGUAGGUGUCAGUCGAUGCAUAUUAGCCGCAAGAUCUCAUUUUUUCCACGAAAUAUUCAAGAAUAAUAACGCGGAGAGUCGAUCUUCCACAAAGGAAGGUAAAAAGCCGAAAUAUAUCUUGUCUGAACUGGUCCCGCAUGGGAAAAUAGGAUACGAAGCUUUUACGGUGGUUUUGAAUUACUUGUACACUGGAAAAGUGAAGGCAUCUCCAGCUGAGGUGGCGACGUGUGUCGACGAAUCGUGCGCUCAUGAUGCAUGUGGGCCCGCCAUUAACUAUGCUGUUGAAAUGAUGUAUGCUUCUGCCACAUUCCAGAUUAAAGAACUUGUGAUGGUUGUUCAGCGCCGUCUCCUCAAUUUCGUCGACAAAGCAUUCGUCGAAGACGUAAUCCCAAUCCUCAUCGUAGCAUCUACUUGCAACUUAAACGAACUCCUGUCACACUGCCUCCAAAGAAUCGCACGCUCCGAUCUCGACAAUACUAUCAUCGAAAAGGAGCUCCCUUAUCAAACUCAAAACGAAGUCAAAAGCCUCCGCCUCAAAUCCAACAACCAAGAAGAAGAACACGACUCCAUCCAAGCGGACCCCACAAACGAGAAAAGAAUCAAAAGAAUCCACCGAGCGCUCGACUCCAACGACGUCGAGCUGGUCAAGAUGCUUCUGGAAGAAUCCGGAAUCUCUCUGGACUCAGCUUUGGCCCUACACUACGCGGCCGCUUAUUGCAACCCUAAAAUCGUGGCCGAGGUUCUAAACUUAGGAUUCGCUGAUGUCAGCCUCCGGGACCCACGGGGGUACACCGUACUGCAUGUUGCUGCGCGGCGGAAGGAUCCUUCUAUAGUCGUGGGACUGCUUACUAAAGGUGCUUCUGUUUCGGAUAGGACAAGGGAUGGAGUGACAGCUGUCACGAUUUGCAGGAGGCUGACUAGGCCGAAGGAUUUCAAUGAGGCGUCGGUGCAUGGUAAGGAGACUAAUACGGAUCGGCUUUGUAUUGAUGUGUUGGAGAGAGAAAUUAGGAGGAAUCCAUUGGCUGGGAAUAUGUCCGUUUCGUCGAUGAUGGUGGCUGAUGAUUUGCAUAUGAGGCUUCUCCUUCUUGAAAAUAGAGUUGCAAUGGCACGUACGUUAUUUCCACUUGAAGCGAGAGUGGCCAUGCAGAUAGCGCAUGCAGAAUCGACUUUCGAGUUUGCUGGAUUAUCGGCUUCAAAAGGCUCUUAUGGUAAUUUUAGAGAGGUUGAUUUAAACGAAAUACCGUCCGAGCAAGUCAAAAAGCUCCAUUUGAGGUUGCAAGCCCUGCAAAAAACUGUUGAGACAGGUCGUCGUUUUUUCCCCAACUGCUCGGAAGUACUUGACCUACUCUUGGAAGACGAUACACUAGGCGAUUUAUUACUCGAAAAGGGCAGCCCAGAGGAACAAAGAACGAAAAGAAUGCGUUAUAUCGAAUUAAAAGAAGAUGUGAUUAAGGCAUUUAAUAAAGAUAUUGCCGAACAUAAUAAGCUGAGUGGCUUAUCUUCUUCUUCGUCACGCUCUAAUUCUCCGAGGGUUAAGGUUAGGAGAAGGUAGAGUGGAUAUUUUAUUUUUUUGAUUAAAAAAAAAUAUUGUUAUUAGUGUUUUUAAUUUUAGCCCACGAAUGUCGUCGAAUGUGCAGCGAUUUUUGCGAAUAAUGUUAUAUGAUUGAUUCUUCUUGUAAUUGCACGUUGUUUUGUUCGCGUGUACUUGGAACUCGUUUCGUGUAAAAUAGCGUCGAUUUUAAAAGAAAAGAAAAAUAACUUGAACUCCUCGGAGAAUGUAAAUUCCUUCUCAUCAUGCUUAUUGAUAAUAUCGGCAGCUUCUGUU